UCCCUGUUCUCACGCUCCCGAUCUACAGGCGACACUUCAUGUGGAGCUGCCAACGUCAAACGCUUUAGUCAGUACUUUCUAGGGUGCAACACAGUGUUCCUGGGACACUUUGUGUCGUUCAAGCAAUCAUAGAAUACACUUGACUCACCCGAUCGCUUAUUUCAUCCAUCUCCACUUCACAUCUCUGCAAUUGCAGUCCGAUUUAGGCCCCCCCUCAAAUAACCUUCUCUGUCUCUACGCUGAUGUCUGGAUCAAAAGCCAUCAAUCUCUUUAUUUGCGAUAUCCAGCACCGUUUCCGACCAGCGAUAUCUAACUUUGAUCGUGUCGUGGCUACGAUUAGGAAAAUAGUUGAAGCAAGCAAACUCUUUGACACCAAAAUCAUCAUAACAGAGCAUAGCCCAGAAGUUUUCGGCAAUCUCUGUCCCGAAACAGGAAUAAACGUGUCCAACCUUCCUUCAAACGUACAAGUUUUCCCGAAGACAAAAUUCAGCAUGCUCAUGCCUGAAGUGAAGGAAGUUGUUCGACCAGGAGACGCUCCCACCGGUCGCCUGGCCGUCAUCGUUGGGAUUGAGUCCCACAUCUGUGUCCUCCAAACCGCCCUCGAGCUUCUCAAGCUUCGCGAAGAAGUGGUCGUCAUCGCUGAUGGCGUUUCAAGUUGUAAUCCCGAAGAAGUCCCUAUCGCUCUUGCAACGAUUCGUCAAGCCGGUGGCUUAGUCCUCACUUCGGAAUCGUUUCUGUACAUGAGCAUGGGCGAUGCUGCGUCCCCAUCGUUCAAAGCUUCGUCAAAGAGACGAAGGACGAAACUCGCGAGACUUUAAAGGCGCUCCUCCCUGUUCCACAGUCUUCAUCUUCUUCUCAAGCACCAAAACUGGUACGUAGCAGCGGUGGAAAGUACCGUAGUAGAA